ACUUUGAACACUGACAGUAAAGUUUCAUAAUAGCGCCAAAUCGCGCAAUUUUUGGAAUUUUAACUCAUUCUCAUUUCUCAUUGACAUUUUUACUGUUUAUAACAAUGUCUGAAGACGACCAUCACGCAGGGUUAGAGUUAUCCGAUAUAGUAGAAGACACUGAUCAAUUCCUUGAAAACGAUUUUCACCCAACAGAAGUAACAGAAUCUGAGCAAAGUAUAAUCCAAGAUUCUGAGAUUUUAAACUCUGAGGAUACAAUCGUAUUAGAAAAAAAACCGCAAAAUGCCAAUAAGGUUGAAAUUGUACGUUCCACAAAACUUCCUAUGGCUAGGAUAAAAAACAUAAUGAAAAUGGAUCCAGACGUGAACAUUGUAAACGCCGAAGCAGUUUUCUUAGUCACAAAAGCAACUGAGAUGUUUUUAGAAACAAUCGCAAAAGAAACAUUCACAUACACAACCCAGCACAAAAGGAAAACAAUAACCAAGAAAGACCUGGAUGUAGUUAUCAACAAAGUGGACUGCCUUUGUUUCUUGGAAGGUGCUAUGGACUUUUGAAGGCACUAGUUGUAUUGAUACAUUUAAUUAAAAUAAGGAAAAAAUUGUAAAUAUUUUAUCAAUAAAUCAUUUAAGCUUAGCUAUUUAAAUAGUAUUUUUAUUAAUUUAUAAAGUAUUUAGGCUUAAAAUGUUAAAAAAUUAAACCACUAACAAUCAAUAUUAAUUUUUUUGAGUUAAAUUUUAGCCACGGUGGCUAAACUCAAAUAUUAUAUCCCAAUAAUUAUAUCAUCUAUAAAUUAAGUGUAACUGAGCUACUACUAUCAGGGCAGUUACUUUAGCUAGUGUAGAUAAAUAACAUGAAUCUUUUAAAUAAACUGAACUUGUAUAGAUAUUGCGUUGUGUUCCUUUAUCUAUGUGAUAGUUUUAUUUAUAUAUAUUUCUUAGAUUAAUUCAUUAUUCAUAAGUAAGAGAUUGGUACAGUUUCCUAUAUUAUAUAUUCAUGUUUUUGCAAAGAUGUCUGAUGAA